AUGGGUUGGCUGUGGGAUCUGACGCACGAUAAACAGGGUGGGCUUGACACGCUCAAUGUCAUCCUUCUGAGCCUGGCGGGCCUGCACGUCGUGGCGUUCGGGGUCUGGAUAUUUCUCGUGCUCACCCAGAAGCCCACGAGGAUACGCGACAAGGUGGAUCUGCGCGACAAGGGCGAUUAA